UUCAAUCUACAUCUAAUUCUUUGAAUUUUUCAAUUAAUAUGCAAAAUAGUAACCUGUUUUUUUUUUCUAUCUUAAAAAUUUACAGUGUCCCUUUUUUUCAUUGAAGUAGGAUCAAUUUCUUCACCUUUCCCUUCUACAUUACCCACUUGAAUAUAUUCAUUUCUCUAAGAAUUCUUUUUUGGAAGGAAUUAGGAGAAAUGAACAUCAAUAUUCAAGAACUUUAGUUGGUUUUUAUUGCAAGGCAUAAAAGGGUUGUCUUGCUAAAAAACAAAUAGGAGGGAAUAGGGAAGAAUUGAUCAAUUUUUAUUGUUGAAGAAGCUACAAAAACAAUUUUAAAAAAAAAAAAUGAGGAAGACUCAAUUAAAAUCCUCUAGGAGUUCUGUGAAUGAGACAAGGACCCCUAACAAAUAUGAUGAUUCAGAGGGCUUGGCCACCAUUCUCAGAAGUGUUACUAUGCAUCCAGGAGUCAGCAAGCAGAAGAUGAUGGCUGAAGAUAUACUUAGAUAUGGCAAUGUAAACAUUUCAGCAGAAGUAUUCACAUUCCGCGAAUUGGCUCAUGCGACAGACAACUUCAAUCCUGAGUUUUUAGUUGGUGAAGGAGGAUUUGGGAGGGUCUAUAAGGGACACCUCAAAAGAACUAAUCAAGUUGUUGCUGUCAAACAACUUGACCGGAAUGGAGUUCAAGGAAACAGGGAAUUUCUUGCGGAAGUCUUGACUUUAAGUCUUGUUAGCCAUCCAAAUCUUGUCAAUCUGAUAGGGUAUUGUGCUGAUGGCAAUCAAAGAAUUCUUGUCUACGAAUUCAUGCACAAUGGAUCUUUAGAAGAUCAUCUUCUUGAUUUGCCAUCAAAUAAGAAGCCACUGGAUUGGCAUACCAGAAUGAAGAUAGCUAAAGGCGCAGCGCAAGGGCUAGAAUACUUGCAUGAUAUCGCCAAUCCUCCCAUAAUCUAUCGCGACUUCAAAGCAUCAAAUGUAUUAUUAGACGAGUCCUUUAUUCCUAAGCUCUCAGAUUUUGGGCUUGCAAAGUUAGGUCCAGCGGAAGGCGAGGAUCACGUUUCUACAAGGGUUAUGGGGACCUAUGGAUACUGUGCACCAGAGUAUGCUAGGACAGGACAGCUUACAUCUAAAUCGGAUGUAUAUAGUUUUGGAGUUGUUCUUUUGGAAAUUAUUUCAGGGAGAAGAGCUAUUGAUAAUACAAGAUCACCAGAGGAGCAAAACUUGAUUUCUUGGGCCAAACCACUUUUUAAAGACAAAAACAUGCUAACCGAAAUGGCUGACCCGUUGCUUGGAGGAAAUUACCCAGUAAAGGGACUUCGUCAAGCUCUUGCGAUUGCAAAUAUGUGUCUCCAAGACGAAGCCAACACGAGACCUCUGAUUAGCGAUGUUGUUACAGCUCUUGAGUUCUUAGCCAUGCUAAGAGAUGAUGAAGACACAUUAAUCACAACAGAACUAGAGGAUAGUACUUGUGCUGAUGAGUUGUGUCCCAAGGACUUAACAACAGAAACUAAUUGUGUGUCAUAAGAUGUACUUAUUUUGUCCGAUUUACCUUUUCUUCUCCAGCCAAGAAAGGCAGAAAAAAGACGGCCUUUUUAGCUUAUUGCUGAUAGACUUCUGUACUUUUUGAUGUUUGAGAAAUAUAAAAGAUUUUGAGUUUUUGAUAAGAAAUUCUAGGUUCUUGAAUUCCAAACAACAUAAAGAAUUCAGAAACCAAGAGUAGAAGCUAAAGAAACUGCAGAGGUAAUCCAAGAUCUAGAGUUGGUUGGUUCAGAAUGAGUUUAAUCUUAUUACAUCGAGUAUAUACAUUUAAAAUGUUUUUUUGUUUUG